AUGCCGUCGACUCCCGCUGAUGGUGCGCUUCCUGUGACGAAGGAUGUCGUGUCCGUCGUCUUUGGGCCGGUGAAGGAGUACAGCAGGCUCUCAGCGCAACUUCCGCUGGACGACUACGAUUACCACCUUGCUUUUCCGGGAUUCCGAAAGCACAUUCGCGAUUAUAGUGAGACUCUGGUUGCACUCAUGGACGCAUGUACGCAGAUGCUUCCAAAGCGGCGGCGCACCAGUCUCUCUGCGGAGGCGGACCCGCGCAGCGGCGCCUUGCACCUGCUCGAGGCAGAGCGCACCACGGUUAUGGAGGCAGUCGACUCGCUGCUAGAAAGCGUUGACUCUCUUCUGGACGAGGUGAAGGGGCGUAAGCUGGACGCACAGGAGCAGCUCUCCGUCACGUUCGGCUCUGAGCUUGCGGCCUCGCCGAGUCGGGAGGGAGGUGUUGUUGCGGAUGCGGCUAGCACGCGCGCAGGUGUCCUGCGUCUGGCCCACAUCCGACGCCCCCAGUUGCUUUUCGACACCCCGGUGGACAAUUCCGCGGCGCCGUUUGUGCCGCACUACUAUGACGCAUCUGGGCAAUAUCACGUUGGAGUGGCUGGUCAGCACCCUUUCGAGUCUGUUAUCAAGGCCUUUUCCAUCCCGGCGUCUCAGAUUCUCCCUCGGGCGGAGGUGCCGCCGGUGCCGCUCGACGCCUGCCCGCUCACGUUUGUGGACACGUCUGCGGCGAUGCAGGCGAUGAUCGAGAAGCUGUUGCUGUCGCGCGAGAUUGCCGUGGACUUAGAGCACCACGACUUCUACAGUUAUCAAGGCUUCACGUGCCUCAUGCAAAUCAGCACUCGCGAGGAGGACUUUAUCGUGGACUGCCUGAAGCUCCGCUCUUCGAUGGGGGCGCUGGCGCCGGUGUUCCUGAACCCGUCGAUUCUUAAAGUGCUGCACGGCGCGCGAGAGGAUAUUCGGUGGCUGCAGAAGGACUUCUCCCUCUACGUGGUGAACUUAUUCGACACCGGUGUGGCGCUGCAGACGCUGCAUAUGCCGUACAGCCUCGCCUUCGCCGUCGACCACUUCUGCCAGGUUAAGUUGAAUAAGAAGUACCAGACGGCGGACUGGCGUGUGCGGCCGCUGUCGGCGGAGAUGGUGCACUACGCGCGGCAAGACACGCACUUUCUCCUCUACGUGCAUGACCGACUGAAGGCGCUGCUCUUGAAUAGCGAGGGCCGCGCCAGUAUCGGCAGCGUGCUCGUGCACGUGUACAACGAGAGCAAGCAGCUCUCUCUACAAAUCUACGAGAAGCCGAACGUGGUGCCUGAGGAGACGUACAAGAUGGCACUCGGCCGCAGUCUCAGUGGGCUGAACAAGGUGCAAGAGAAGGUCGCGCGCGACGUUUUCAACUGGCGGGACUCGGCGGCACGUGAGGUGGAUGAUUCGCCCACGGCUGUGCUGCACCUUUCCUCGGUGCUCUCCAUUGCCUCUAAGCUGCCAACGACGGCGAAGGCGUUGCUGCGAUGCUGCGCGCCAGCCACGGCAGUCGUGCGCGACAACGUCACCCUCCUGGUGGACUUGGUCAAGGACGCCGUGGCGAGUGGCGAGGAUGACGUGGCGGCGAACGUGCGCUUGGCGCUGACUAAAAGAGAAUCAGCCGCGGAUAGAGAAGCCGGUGCGAUGACGGCGGCUAGCAAGGAAUGGAACUUCUAUCGUUCCCUCUGCCCCAUGGGCGUGCACCGGCCCAUGACGGGAACUCUUCCUUCCUUGGCCAGUGUGGCGAAGACCUUGGCACCAGCCGAGGUGUCGCAGGAGGAACGCUCCGCCCUUCUCUCCGAUACGACGCCGUCACCGUGGUUCACCUCGAUGCAAGCCCUGUCACGUGUCCUCGCCGCCCGUCCUCCGCAGCAGGUCAACCUUCCAGGCGCGGAUGUGUUUGCCGCUCGUCAGGCGGCUGCAGCAGCGGCUGCAGUCUCCGUAGCAGCGGCCGAGGCCUCCAAGACUGCUGCAGAGGAGUACAAUGAGAGCGGCGCAGUCGCCAACAGCCGCAGCUGCAGCGUCAGCGAAGCGUCUCAGCAAGCUGAAGAGGACGAAUCGACGGCGGACGCCACCACCUCCGCACCGGAUCCCGACACGAUGUCGAAAUCCAUCAUACCCCUCGACAAGGGGGCCUUCUCCAUCAAGCAGGAGUACGGUAUCGGGGCCAAGGCACAAGCCAAAAAGGGUGGCAAAGCAAAGACAUGGCCGAAAAAGUAG